AUGCCACCAUCAAUCCGCAUCAUCGGCUCCCUAAAUGUCGACCUGGUCUCCGUAACCCCCCGCUUCCCCUCCCCCGGCGAAACUCUCAAAUCCACCUCCUUCAACACCCACGCAGGUGGCAAAGGCGCAAACCAAGCCGUCGCAUGCGGCCGUCUCUCCCGCCCUCGUCCUCACCACCCAAAUUCCAAUCAUCAAAUAUCCCCCACAAACGCAAAUGCAAACACCCCAACAGCCAUCCACAUCGAAAUGUUCGGCGCCACCGGCUCCCUGGACACGUACUUCACCAGCCUCCUCCAGCCGAUCCUCCAGUCCUCGGGAGUCGACACCUCGUGCAUCCGCACCGUGCCAAACGACCACACCGGCGUCGCGGUGAUAAUCGUCGAUAGCUCCGCGGGCGGGGAGAAUAGGAUCCUCUAUUCGCCCGGGGCGAAUUAUUCGGGCAUGCAGUGCACGGGGGAGGUGUUGGGGAUGGCGCUGGCGGCGCCCAUGCCGGAUGUGAUGGUGUUGCAGGCGGAGAUUCCGGUUGAGACAGUUGUGGGGAUUCUGAGGGGGGUGUGGGGGUGGAAGGAGAAAGAGAGGGGGGAGGUGGAGGUUGUUUUUAACCCAGCGCCAGCUCCGGAGGGGGGAUUGCCGGUUGAUGUGUAUCGGGCUGUGGAUCAUCUGGUGAUGAAUGAGACGGAGUGUGAGAGUAUGGCGCCGGUGGAAAUGGUGAGGGGGGAGGGCGGGGAGGAGGGAACGGUGGCGACCUCCGCGGCGAGGAGGGAUAAGAUUGCUAGGUAUUUUCAUGGUGUUGGGGUUAGGCGUGUGCUUGUCACGUUGGGGGCGCAGGGGGUUUGGUAUAGUGCUGGGGAUAUUGGGGGGGCGGUACAAACUGAGGGAGCAGAGUGGGUGAGGGCCGUUGGGGAGGUGCCUGCUGCGAAAGUGGAGAGGGUGGUUGAUACGACGGGGGCGGGGGAUACGUUUGUGGGUGGGUAUGCGGUGCAGAUUGCGCGGUGGAGGGAGGUGAAGGGGGGGGGGCGGGUAGGAGCGAUGACGGUUCAGGAGAGGAGGGAGUGGUAUGGGGACGUUACAGAGCGGGCGGUUAGGUGGGCUACGAAGGCUUCUGCGAGGUGUGUGGAGAGGGAUGGGGCGAUGAGCAGUAUACCGUGGGAAGAUGAAAUUUUAUGA